AUGAAGUUCGGAAAGCAAAUACAGGCCCAACAGGUUCCAGGAUGGUCGAGCUACUACCUCGAUUACAAGUUUUUGAAGAAAAUCAUUUCCUCGCUAGCUGCCAAUCGGCCGGCAUCAGAGGCAGCGGCGUUGGCGUUGGGGGUUCGUCCUCAUGAUACUUUGAUUCAAUUGUCGCCACAGCCAAUAUCGCAGACUAUACGUCCAAGUCCUGCAGCGUCCCCUGCGGGCAGCCCUGGUCAGCCCCCCUUUUUUGCGGCUUCGGGUCAUGAUCUCGAGCGAGGUCCUGAUUUUCGAGCGCAUAAGGCUGCUUUCUUCUUUAAACUUGAAAGAGAGCUGGAAAAGAUCAAUGCUUUCUAUCUUCAAAAAGAAGCGGAAGUGACGCUACGGAUGGAGACCCUCCUAUCUAAGCGUAGAGCAGCGGCAAUGAGGGGUAUCCCAGACACGUCAGGCAAUAUAACUGCGAGUCAUGUCGAGUGGAGCGCAGUGGAGGAAGGGUUUCGAUUAUUAGAACGAGACUUGGGCAAACUUCAGCUGAUUUCAGAACUUGCGGAUACCGUAGCGACAUGCUUGCUAAACAUUACUGACCUAUCUUCCGGAUUGAAAUUUGAAGGCCCUGGUGCAAGCGACAUCUUUGCUCAACAAAUCUUGACGGAGAUUACUCCACCGACCGGCCCUUUCCGUGAUCUUGAAAGUAACUUUCACAAGGCCCUUGCAGCCAAUGACGCUGCGGCUCUUAUAGACUGCGUCCAUUACUCUGAUCUCCUUGCUCAACAAUCGGGUGGACUGGGCAAUGUAACACGAAUUCUCUGGAAUAUCAUCAUUGAAGCGCCCCCGGAUCUUACAGACCUCAUUUUGGCAACCCUCACUAGUCCAUUCGAUUUUCAAUUUAUUGACGAUAUCAACGGACGGACAUGCCUUCACGAAGCUGCUAUCGCUGGAGCCCAGAGAAUGGUAUCUCUAUGCAUUGAAAAUAACGUCCCUGUGGAUAAGUGCGAUGUAUAUGGUCGGACAGCUCUACAUUAUGCUGCUAUGAGAGGGCAUGCACAUGUUUGUGAUCAACUCCUGGAUGCAAGCGCUUCUCCGAAUAUUCUUGAUAGAGACAAUUACAGCCCUCUGGUAUACGCUACCCUGAAGGGCGACGUUGGCUGUGUUCGUGUUCUUUUUGAAAAGGGCCAUGUUCAAGCCCAACCUCCUAUGCCAUCUGGAGAUUUUAGUCCGCUGUCACUGGCUGCCCAAGCAGGUCAUGUCGACGUUGUUGUGUUAUUGCUUGAACAUGGAGCGACCUCGAUGCCAAAUAGCAAUGGUGAGUAUCCUAUCCAUCUUGCAGCACGCCAAGGCCACGAUGCCAUUUGUCGGCUGCUUCUUCACCUCGAUGGCUGGGAUACUCCAGAUAAGUAUCACGAAUGGACACCUCUAUUUCAUGCUGCAAGGUAUGGACACGCCGAAUGCGUUCAAAUCCUUGUAUCUGGUAACUGUCGCGUCUCCUUAAAGGACGAACUUGGACAUUAUGCAUCUCAUUAUGCCGCGUGGUAUGGCCAUCAGUCUUGCCUGGAAAUUCUGUUAUCUGUCACAAAAGACACCCCAAACUUAACUCAAUUCCCUGUUGGCCAUAGUCGCUCCCCUUGGUCAGAUGGGGGUUCUGUCGGUGACUUUGAGAUCGACCAAAUUCCAUCGUUGUCCCUACCACCUCCAAUUAUGCCUCAUCGCGUAUAUGGACACAAUUACCUGGUAAACUCGCAUUUCGUACAAGUCUCGAUUGGGCGAUCAACCAACAAAACUAACGGAAGCAGUGGUGUGCGCCUACAUCAUCGCCUCAUCAGUCCAUUUUUCAAGGACGAAUAUCUUCUUUCCACAACUCCUCUGAAACUUGUCAUGACGGCGGGCCCACAUGUAAACUCCGCCCCGUACACUAUAUCUCUUCCUCAGAAUAGCGAUGAAGGAUCGUUUUCGUUCCAGAUCGCUUCUUUGGACCAUCUAGCUCUAGAGUUUUCAGUGUACCCGAAUUUUGGCACCAAAACGAUAGGCCGUGCAGUGGCCUUGCCCGGGAUGUUCCAGGAUAUAAAAAAUAAUCAAUUUUUCACGCUGCCUAUUGUCGACAACAGGUUGCAUGUUAUCGGCGAGGUUGACUUCGAAAUUAAUAUUAUCACUCCAUUCAAAGGCGUUACACUGGAAGUGGGCGGGGAUUUGGAAACAUACUGGAAAUCAACAGCGGUUGCAGCUGGUAAUCUAUUGGCUCCCCUUCGCACACCCCGUCGUCCGAAUCAUAUUGGGUCUGUACAUGCAUCCCCCGUUUAUAACGCCAGUAAUGCCACCAGUCAGACAUUAGCGAUCUCAUCUCUUCAGGGAAACUACCUAUAUAUUGUUAUUCAAGUCACUCGGGAUCAUCACCCCGUGGUAUUCUUCGAUUGGCUUCUUCCUGGCAUCAACUUCGAACUCGGUGUAGCUGAUGUUACGUUGGCGCAGUUUGAGGCUUUAGCAAGAUCUGUUGGGAAAGAUAUGGAUGGGAUUCCACCAGGUACAUCUAUUGACUGGAAUAAAUACCUGCCUCCGGCAAUGAUAUCGUUGGAUAAAUUAUUGAAGCUUCUUUCACCGACUGUCAAUGUGUUGUUUGACUUGGCCUAUCCCUCCGAAAUUACCACAAAGUCGUUGAAUCUACAUCGACUCAAUCUCAAUGAAUUUGUGGGCUCAGUACUUCAGACGAUUUUUAAUGUAUCAGAUCCUCUCGAAACGCAAUUACCUAGAAGAAAAAUCGCAUUCAUGUCUUUCUCACCGGAUGUUUGCUCGGCUUUAAACUGGAAACAACCUAAUUAUCCUGUUUUCUUUGGCACCGUCUGCGGCAAAAAUCCCAUUGACAAUCCUUCUCAAACGGCAUGUGGGUCUGGAAAUGAUGACAAACGGGUUUCGAGCGUUGGUGCAGCUGUAGAGUUUGCAAAAGCGAACAAUCUAUUGGGAAUAUUUGUUGAAACACAACUCUUGAACAAGCGUUGA